AUGACUUUGCCGACCGACCUCAACGUCGACCCCGACCCGACGACGCAGAUCCCAUGGCCGUCCAGACCCAGCAAGCAGAGGACGCCGUCCAAAUCUUCCGGGUCGUACGGGUCAACUAACGACAUCGGCGAGCCUACUCUAGCACCGAGCGCGCCGGAUGACGCUCGGAAAGGUUCAGAACCAGGGAAGAGGCGUCUGACAACAUGGGACCUCAUUUGUUUGAGCGUGUCCAUGGCAGGAGCACAGAUCGCUUGGACCGCGGAGUUGGGCUACGGAACACCAUUCCUACUUUCUCUGGGCCUGUCUGAGCAACUGACCAGCCUUGUCUGGCUGGCGGGACCGAUAAGCGGUUUGAUUGCGCAACCUUUGAUAGGCGCAAUAUCUGACUCUUCGACGUCCAAAUACCGUCGACGGUACUGGGUCGUCUCGUCCACGGCCGUUCUUGCGCUUUCGAUGUUUGCCCUGGCAUAUUGCCGAGAAAUAGCCGCCUUCUUCGUCGACAUCUUGGGAGGAGGUGCAGGAGACUGGGAUCCAAAGCGUCUAGCUCAGGUCUCGAACACGGCGAUCGUACUUGCUAUCAUAGCCUUUUACCUGCUUGACUUUGCCCUCAACGCCUUGCAGGCAUCUCUGAGAAACCUCUUGUUGGACAUCACUCCGUCGUCGCAACUCAGCGCAGGCAAUGCCUGGCAUGGUCGGAUGACCCAUGCCGGUAAUAUCAUCGGAUAUGGAUUGGGCUUCCUCCCCCUGGCCAAUAUGCCGAUACUACGUCUUCUUGGAGGUGACCAAUUCCGCAAGUUUUGCGUCGUGGCUCUAGCCAUCCUAGUGGUAACUGUCUGGAUCACUUGUUUCACCCAGCAAGAGAAGGAGAGGCAGAAGCUACCCGGUCCAGAUAAGAAGCUGCGGGACGUGUUGGAUAAUAUCUACCGUGCAAUCGCCAAGUUGCCUAAGCCCAUCCGGCGUGUAUGCUUCGUCCAGGUCUUCGCGUUCAUGGGAUGGUUCCCGUUCCUCUUCUACUCCACGACCUAUGUCGGGCAAGUCAUGGCUUAUGAGCAAGGGAAGGACCCCGACCAGGACGUCGCCACGAGGACGGGAGAGUUCGCCAUGCUGAUGUACAGUAUCGUUGCUGUCGUCGCCGGUACACUGCUUCCCCACUUGGCGCGCCGUGACGCACGGUUAUUGCGCCACUCGGAGGAGGAGGACGCAGAGGUCACGCAGAUCCGUAAUACCGUGCGCCAGUGGCGGGCUGAAGCGGCGCAGAAGGGAAAACCUUUGCGGCUCCCUAUCAUGCCUUUCUUGCUCCGGAAUAUAUGGACCGGUGCGCUGCUCCUUUUCACAGUGCUAACCAUGUCUACGUUCUUCAUCUCCACGGUGAACCAGGCUAUUGUUGCGAUCAGUCUGGUCGGCAUUUGCUGGGCAGUUGCAUGUUGGGCACCAUUUGCCAUCAUUAUGGAGUUUCUGAAAGAGCUCGAAGAAGGGGGUGAUACAAAGGCGCAAGAUGAGCAGAGAGUGGCCAACCCGCCUCAGACGCAACGGCGGCCUUCCCAUUCGCGCUAUGCCUCGACACCCGCGACAUAUCGCAGACCGUCGAAUGGCGAACACGCCCCGCUGAUUCGCCGCCAUUCGUGGGAUGAGUUCGAUGCUGCGCCUGAAGUCAUUGCCGAGGCGGCACCAGUUGCAGGCGGCACCAUCCUGGGGAUUCACAACCUAGCAAUUGUAUUCCCGCAAUUCAUAAUCGCGCUGGUGUCGAGCGCUAUAUUCCGCUAUGUCGACGCCGACUUGGAUGACGAUCCUGCCAAUCACAGUGUGUAUUAUGGUAAGAAUGGUGUUGCGUGGGUUCUGCGGUUUGGAGGAUUGUGUACACUGGUCGGUGCUCUAAUCGCGAGAAUGGUCCCACCAACCCGCACGGAGAAGGAGAUGAGGCGGAGACUGGGGGAGAUGAGGCUUCUGAAGGAGGAAGAGACUCCUUGA